AUGGCUUUUCUAACCACAGAGGACAUGAAGCUGGCCUUCUCGCUCUUCUGCUGCGUCUACGGCAUCGGUACCCUCGGCAUGCCCGGUAACUAUGCGCGUGCCGGCUACUUUUGGGCAUCGCUCGCGCUCGUCUUCAUGGCGGCCGUCAACACAUACGCAACGUGGUGCCUCUCCAAGGUCAUGCUGGUCGCGCCCAAGAACGUCCUGACGUACGGCGACAUUGGCGAGUGGUGCAUGGGCGGCUUUGGUCGCUGGGCUGUCGUCAUCUCGCAAAUGCUCGUGUGCACGAUGGUCCCGAUCGUCUUCUUGGUGCUCGGCGGCUCGCUCCUCACGACGCUCUUCCCCGACACGUACAACGCGACGACGUGGAUCGUCUUUAUGGGUCUUGUGCUUCUCCCGAUCUGCCUCGUACCGACGCUCAAGGAGGGCGCAGGCGCGGCCGCUGCGGGCUGCCUCGGCACGCUACUCGCCGAUGGCAUUGCGCUCUACCUCCUCGUGGACAACGUGAGCCAGAAAAACGACGGCCUCUCGACGCCGCCGCCGGACCUUUCGUUCAAGAGCGUCACCACCGUCUUUGGCAACUUGGCGCUCGCGUACGGCGCCGGCAUCGUCAUCCCGGCGCUCCAGCGCGAGCACUCGGACCCCACGCGCAUGCCGCGCGUCAUUCUCGUGACCAUGACGCUCAUCUCACUCUGCUUCCUCGCCGUCUCGAUCACGGGUGUCUGGGUCGUCGGCUGUCAGAUCCCUGGCAACCUUCUCUUUGCGGUCAACAGCGACAAACUCGGCUUUGCGGCGUCCCGCGGCGGCGUCGUCCUCGCUUUCCUCUUCAUGCAGCUGCACAUCACGAUUGCGUUCGCAGUCAUCAUGUUCCCGGCCUUCUUCAUCGCCGAGCGCCUCGUCCUCGGCUUCCACAAGCACUCGUUUGAGAUUGCGCACGAGACGGAGAACGCAUAUGUGGACGUCGAAGCGGUCCAGGAAGAAGCCAAGAAGCCUGAAGCGCUCGAGGGCCCCGACAUGAUGACGUCGUACAACAUCCCUGGCAACUACGCCAAGGCCGCCGGUCUCCGCAUCCUCAUUGUGGCCAUCUGCACGGCCAUUGCGAUCGCGUGGCAGGAUCACUUUGGCGACCUGCUCGACUUUGUCGGUGCGUCGUCGACGGCCACGUGCUGCAUGAUCCUCCCGAUUGUCUUUUACCUCAAGACGUUCAACGGCUCGAUUUCGCUGCCCGAGAAGAUCUUUGCCUACUUCGCCGUCAUCGUCUCGACCUUCCUUGCGAUUUACGUCUCGAUCAACACUGGCAAGGCACUCUUUGCGCCGUCGGAGAGCGACCCGUCGAUCAUUUUCCCUUUCUGCGCCGGCGACUACCAAAAGAUGGUCUACACCAACACGACGUUCUUCAACUCCAAGCGCGCGCUCUACGGGUACUAAACGAAGGUGCUUCGUCACGUGGUUUUGUCGAGUGCGUUUGCACAAUGUGAGUGAAUACCAAGAGUACGUAAUGAGCUUUUGAACUUUUGGUGAAUACCGUCCAUAUUUUGUUG